CUUGCUGCCGCAGAAGAAGAAAUUGUAGUUUAAAGAUGGCGCUACACGGUGUUUUACUCGUGCGGCUCAGAGAGCUAAGCAAAAUCGCCAAAUGUGUUUGUUCAGGGGGCAAAACAGCGUCCAACUGGGGGAGCGAAAUGCGGUGGUACAGAACAAAAGCUGGAAGCUUUAAGGAACCCGGUGCGUCGUAUUUCCAGACUAAACGAGAUAACCUGAGCCCAGACCUCCUGAAGGAGUUUCCAGAACCUAAAAGCCUCUUGAAUAACACCAUCUCCCGGUCACUUGGAGUCAGUGACCUGUCCAAGCUCAUCCAGUACAACUGCACUGAACAUGGGAAUAUCAAGAAAGCCACUGUCACACUACUGUGGCCCUGCAAGAUCGAAGAAGAGGGUUAUGCCUCCAAGAGGAUUGAUGCAGAACAAUUAGCUGCUGCUGCUGCUUGCUUCAAGCUUAAAGAAAUGGGUGUGAUUGGUCCAAACAACCAGCUCCCCAGGAAAAGAGCUGGCCGGGGGAGAGGAGGACUACACUCACCCUUUUAUGAUGACGAGUCUUGGACAGAUCAUGUCCAUGUGCCUACAGCUAAAGCUGACAAACUAAAACAAUACCUGCCCCCUGAAGAAGACACCUCCAGCUUCGAUGAAGCUCUCUCCUUGUUUCAUCAACCUAAAUCUCUCCUGGCCAGGGUCAUCCAGGUGGCCACAUCGCCUGACAAAAUCAGGGAGCUAAUGAAGUUCAAAACAACAGGAGGGAAGUUAAAGAAGUGUGAACUGACCCUGCUCUGGCCUGAGGAGAUGACAUUCACUGCUACAGCGACCAAGAGAGUGACAGCAGAGAGGAGGGCUGCAGCUCUUGCCUGCAUGAAACUGAAGGAGCUACAGCUGCUGGAUAAAAACAACAAUCCACUGAGUCACGCCAAGUAUCACCAAGAGAAGGUGAGGGAAGCUGGGGAGAGAGCGCGACGCCCACACCCACUGGAAGUCCCAGAAUACCUGGAGAAUCAAAUCAGAGAGUAUCUCGAACAGUACCCAGUGGCGACAGAAGUACAGAAACUAUGGGAGGAGGAAGAGGUGAGAGGACAGCAGACAGAAAACCAAGAGGAUGAAAAAGAAGAGGAGGACUCAUUGACGGACGCCAUCACAGGCAGACCGUACAAACCUUUAUCUGAACAGGAGGCUCGGCAGCUCAGCGCCAACCUACAGGAGGAGUGGGAGCGAGCAAACCCUGGACUGAGUGUGGAGCUGCCGGUCGACAGCCACCGUGAGCGUGUGGUCUCAAUGGUGCAGUCCUCCAGGGUGGUUGUGAUUGCUGGUGAGACGGGAUGUGGCAAAACAACACGGAUCCCCCGCUUUCUGCUGGAGGAGCGUGUGAGAGGUGGGGAGGGAGCUGACUGCAACAUCCUGGUGACCCAACCCCGUCGGAUUAGUGCUGUGUCAGUGGCCCAACGUGUGGCUCAUGAGAUGGGCCCAGCUCUGAAACACUCUGUGGGAUAUCAUGUGAGACUCGAGAGCCGACCCCCACAGUACAGUGGAGGAGCCUUGCUCUUCCUCACAGUGGGCGUUCUGCUGAGGAAGCUGCAGUCGAACCCGUUCCUGAAGGGGGUCAGUCACGUGGUGGUGGAUGAGGUCCAUGAGAGAGACAUAAACACAGACCUGCUGCUGGCCUUACUGCGGUCCAGCUUAAAAGAGAACCCAGACCUACGAGUGGUGCUCAUGAGCGCUACUGGGGACAGCCAGAGGCUUGCCCAGUACUUUGGAGGCUGCCCGAUCGUGAAGGUGCCGGGGUUCAUGCACCCAGUGAGGGACAGAUACUUGGAGGACGUGCUGAGAGAGAUGGGACGCCCGCUGCCUGUCCAAGAGAGAGAAAAGACAGACAAGCAGGGAGAAAGAGAUGAGGUUACACCUGAUCUAGAUUUAGUUGCUGAUGUAAUUGAGCACAUUGACAGACAUGGAGAGACUGGUGCAGUGCUGUGUUUCCUCCCUGGAUGGCAGGACAUCAAGGCCGUUCAGGAGAAACUCGAGGCAAAGCCCCACUUUUCCUCAGGCUCGCAGAUGAUCCUGCCGUUGCACUCUAGUUUAUCGGUGGCCAACCAGCAGGAUGUGUUCCAGCGCCCCCAAAUGGGUCAGAGGAAGAUUGUGCUCACCACCAAUAUUGCUGAGACCUCCAUCACGAUAGAUGACAUUGUGCAUGUGGUGGAUACAGGAACUCACAAAGAACAGAAUUAUGACCCACGGACAAAGGUCUCCUGUCUGGACACAGUUUGGAUAUCCCGGUCUAAUGUCACUCAGAGAAAAGGGAGAGCAGGGCGAUGUCAGCCAGGACAGUCCUACCACUUGUUCCCACGAAAACAGCUGGAAUCCAUGACUCCGUUCCCGGUCCCUGAGAUCCUGCGCACCCCGCUGGAGAGUUUAGUAAUGCAGACCAAAAUUCACAGUCCUAACUGCAAGGCUGAGGAUUUCUUAUCCCAAGUGUUGGACAGUCCAGAGCAAGCAGCUGUGAGAGACGCUGUCCAAAAUCUACAAGACAUAGGAGUUCUGGAUAAGACAGAACGCCUGACGCCUUUAGGAGAGCGCGUGGCCUGUAUGUCGUGUGACCCUCGGCUGGGCAAAAUGCUGGUCCUCAGUGCCAUUUUCAGAUGUGUUCUCCCUAUGUUGUCUGUAGCUGCCUGUCUGACCAGAGACCCCUUCCACAACAGCCUACAGAACAGAGCACUGGUCAUCAAGGCGAAAGAGGCUCUGAGCGGCUCCAGCUACAGUGACUAUUUGGUGUUCAGCCGAGCUGUGUUAGGCUGGAGGAAAGUUCAGCACAGGGGCGACAGAGAGGACAGAGACGAAUAUCUGGACAAAUGCACUCUGUCCAGGCCCAGCCUUCGAUUCAUCAGUGGUCUCAUCACUCAGUUCAGUGAGAACCUGCAUGAAGCUGAGCUGGUUUCUCGCGCCAGUGAGUGCCAGAGUCACACUUCUCUCUGCAAUGAACACAGCAAGCAGGAUGAGCUGCUUAAAGCUGUGCUGCUGGCUGGAUUCUAUCCCAACCUCAUUCAGGUGAAAAAAGGUGUUGUGACCAAAGGAGGGCGCUUUCGUCCCAACAGAGUGGUUUUCCGUACACUCAACGGACCAGUGCUGCUUCACCGCUCCUCAGUGAACAGUAAAGAGGAAGAUUUCCCUAGUCGCUGGUUGACCUUCUUCUACGCGAUCAAGUCCAAUGGGCAAGUUUUCAUCAGGGACUCUUCUGUGGUCCAUCCACUCGCCCUGCUGCUGUUCACAGACUGUGAUAUCACAGAGAGUGUGAGUGGAGACAGAGUGGAAGUGUCAUUUCCCGGUCGCUCUCUGGUGCAGUGCGAGUUGCCGGUUAACACAUGGGAGCUGCUGUGGGAGCUGCGCACCUCCGUUCAGACCAUGCUGUACCGAACCCUCAGCAACCCUGACAAUGCAAUCACCAACUCUUCUCAAGAUGGAAAGCUCAUCUCCUUACUUGUAGAGCUGCUCAACAACACAGACUCAAACCCUUUUGCUCAGAAUCACGAAAGUGACAGCGACAGUGAGGUGGAUUGAUGAUGAUUGAUGGCGCAUGUACGUUGGAUUUACUGGCUGGUGCAGAGGAACCAAAAAAGAUGAUGGUAUGUUUUUUUUUGUUUGUUUGUCUUAGUGUCUGUUUAAGAAAUGUUAAGUACCUGAGUUAGUACUUAAUGCACUGAACUGAUCAGGACUCUUCAAGAAGAGAAAUCCACAGUGGCCUGUUAUUUGCUUUUUGACAUAAAUGAUAAACUCGAACUAAGGCGUGAGGAAAUCCAUUUAUGUGGAUUUUGGACUGAAGUUUACUGUUUAUGGUUAUUUGCUUUCUGGAAAGCAGAAGUUGAAUUUUAGUCUAACAAGUAAAGGAUGACUGGCCAAAGGUCAUUAAAACAGAGUGUAUGCAGUAAUUGCCAUAUUUAUUGUAAUAAAUAUAAACAUGUCAACAUGAGGAAAA